AUGGCGGACGGUUCAGCAUCUCCAGCCGGUAAUGGCGAAUCCACGCAGCCCGCUCCCGCUGUCUCGAUCCUCGCUCCAUACUCAAAAAGGGUCGUGAUCAAAACCGUUCUCGGUGCACCAGAUGGCGGCUUGUCAUUAGUUGGGCAGACGUUAGUGGUGGGAGGAUGGGUGAAGACUGGGCGAGAGCAGGGCAAGGGAACUUUCGCCUUCCUAGAGCUCAACGACGGAUCGUGCCCCGCCAACCUUCAGGUGAUCGUGAAGGCUGAGGUGGCGGCGAUUGGGGAGCUGGUGGCGACGGGCACGUGCGUGCGCGUGGAGGGCGAGCUGAAGCGCACGCCUGAGGGGACGAAGCAGCUGGUGGAGGUCCACGUCAGCAAAGUGCUCCACGUGGGUCCGUGCGACGCUGGCGUGUACCCCAUCGCCAAGACGAAGCUGUCGCUCGAGUACCUGCGAUCCGUCAUGCACCUGCGACCGCGCACCAACACGAUCGCGGCGGUGGCGCGGAUCCGCAACGCGCUGGCGUUCGCGACGCACAGCUUCUUUCAGAAGCACGGCUUCCUCUACGUGCACACGCCCAUCGUCACCACCAACGACUGCGAAGGGGCUGGCGAAAUGUUCCACGUUACCACCCUCAUCGCCGAAACCGAGCGCCGCGAAAAGGCCCUCUUGGAAAACCCCCCUCCCACGGACGCUGACGUGGCGGCCGCCAAGGACGCCGUGACAGCAGCGGGCGCCGCGGUGAAGGCUCUCAAGGAAGCCAAGGCGAGCAAGGAGGAGAUUAAAGCCAGCGUAGCGGAGCUAACGAAGGCCAAGGAGGCGUUAGCUGCCUUAGAGGCACGGGCGAAGAUGCGGCCAGGGCUGCCGCGGAAAGGGGAGGACGGCAAGGGGCCCGUGGACUUUGGAGCGGACUUCUUUGCUCGGCAGGCGUUCCUGACGGUGUCGGGGCAGCUGCAGGUGGAGACGUACGCGUGUGCGCUGAGCAGCGUGUACACGUUCGGGCCGACUUUCCGUGCGGAGAACUCCCACACAACCCGCCACCUGGCGGAGUUCUGGAUGGUUGAGCCCGAGAUUGCCUUUGCUGACCUGGAGGAUGACAUGAAAUGCGCGGAGGACUAUGUGCGAUUUCUCUGCCAAUGGCUGUUGGACAACUGUCACGAUGACAUGCAGUUCAUGACCAAGAUGUUUGACAAGACCGCUCUGGACCGCCUCGCACACGUGGCAUCGUCGCCCUUCGCCCGCGUGACGUACACCGAGGCGAUCGAGCUGCUGCAAGAGGCGAUCAAGAAAGGGAAGAAGUUUGAGAAUGCGGUGGAGUGGGGUAUCGACCUUGCGAGUGAGCAUGAGAGGUACCUCGCGGAGACGCAUUUCAAGACGCCAGUGAUAGUGUACAACUACCCCAAGGAGAUCAAGGCGUUCUACAUGCGGCUCAAUGAUGAUGGCAAGACUGUGGCAGCCAUGGAUGUGCUGGUGCCCGGGGUGGGGGAGUUGAUAGGAGGGAGUCAACGGGAGGAGCGCUAUGACGUCUUGGUCAAGAGGUUGGAGGAGAUGGACUUGCCACGGGAGUUGUACGAGUGGUACCUGGAUCUGCGCAAGUACGGGACAGUGCCCCAUGCGGGCUUUGGUCUGGGCUUUGAAAGAAUGAUUCUCUUUGCCACAGGCAUUGAUAACAUCCGAGAUGCUAUUCCGUUCCCUAGGUAUCCAGGCCAUGCUGAUCUGUGA